AUGCGCCUUGCUCUUUGGGCGCCAGCCCUAGCUGCUGUUGCUGCUGGUGACCCCAGCAUUUUCUGGAGCUCUACUACCGCGGUUGCAACUGCGACCAGUGUUUCCACGGCCACGCCCACCCAAGACCUCGCGCCCGAGCAAGGAUCGUUGGAAUUCCUCUGCGAUGUAAAUGGCCGGUCAAUUGAAAACUGGAACAAAUACAACAUGGGCGGCUUUAUAAACUCAUACUCAUCGAUGUGGUGCAGUGACACGACAAAGUGCCCCUAUGGGGAAUGGACAGGGUCCUGGCCCAUGAUCUUUUCAACUCUGAUGGAAGACACGGGAUCCUGGACUUGCACGGUAGAUGCGUGCGACGCCUCGGUGAAGCGGAGUGACGCAGAUUGUACGGACAACAAAGAGGCCAAAGUGCAAUUUGCGCUGUACGCUGUUCAAAAUUUCCGCGACUGGAUGGAGUCCUUGAUCGAUGCAAUCGAUCAAUCGUGGUCUCAUUAUAACAGUAUUCAGACCCACCUUGUCAGCACAUUCACCACACAUGAUGUCGACAACAGUAAUGAUGUGGCGGAUGGGCUCUCGAUCAGCUCUGGAGUUAUGGGAAUCGUCGGUGCUCUUGCAGGCCCCUUUGGACCUGCUGGGAAAAAGAUAUCAGAGAUGGCUAGCAUUGGGAGUGACGCGCUGGCACUGGCGGGUGACAUAGCAGGCCUUGACACACCUAACCCGGCCGAGGUGCUUCAAGAGGAACUAGACACGAAUGGCAACAUGAGUGUCAUGAUGGACGAAGCCUUCGGGAGAGCCAAAUCGUAUUAUACGGACCUGCUUGGCCACGUCAUCGAGGACUACCCUACCAGCAACAGUGGAGGGAGUGACGGCGAGCGUUACACUUCCGACCCCAGGGGUGCUCCGGCUGUAUUGUACAGCGGAAUGUACGCAGUACACGCCGAUUACAGAGAAAAAGAGAAGGCCCUGAACCUUGCUAGAACACUUACAGACACUAUAGCUGUUAACUAUCUCUGGGGCACCGAACAGGUCUAUAUUGCAAAGCUAACCGAGCCAGUUGGAGGUUAUAGUCCAUGUGAGGCGUACCACGAAUUCGAGGACCUUUGGGGAGCGUGUGACGAAGAAAGCUCGACGCUUUACCUCUAUGUCCCGUGGGGGAAUGUGAUGAAGACUGACAAAUGGACCCCGGUCCCUGGUAUUGAGACAGUCGCAGGGUGGGGAUAUGAUGCGGACUCGGAUGAUGGCGAUUUCAACACCACUGUUCAUCUUGACUUAUUCAAAAUGGCCAAAGCUGCGGAAUACAACCAGCAGACGAAUGGAUACGGCAAGUCUGGGACUGUCGAGGGCAUGUUGGCAUCCAUGCAGCCUACAGACGCGGACCUUGAAAAUGUCAUGAUGGUCAACCUUCCAGUCUGCUAUCUCGACAACAUCGUCGACCACUACUACAAUAUGGACUCAAAAAACACGCUUGAGACCGGUGUCAAGGCAGCACUCAACCGUGGCUGUGGGGCAAUUCCUAGGAAUGUCAGGGACUGGCCGUAUGAAUAUGUCUUGAGUGAUAGCGACGCAUCUCAAUACUACAACCAGAAUCCAUACAAAGAUGACGCCAAGGACUCUAUCAGAUUAUAUGAGUCGGGCUAUGUGGAAUACCCUAGGGUCGAUGAUGACUGGAUGUUGGUCUGGGAUUAG